GAAAAUUUUCUUUUCUUUUACUUGGAUUUGUUUGUCACUGCCGUCCGUCGCGAAGACCACCUCGCCGCCGGCGACGAUGGAGCCGCCGCCGCCGUCGCCGUCGCCGCCUAAGGCGGCGAGCCCCUCCCCCGCCGUCCGCGUGCUCUCUCGCACGCCUCCCCCCACCUCCGCCUCGCCGUCCCACGACGGCGGCGUGGUGGUCGUCGGCUUCGUGGGCGGCGCGGGGAGCGCCGCGCGGCUCGCCGACCGGAUCCUGGAUGCCGCCGUGUUCUCUCCCGGUGGCUCGGCCAGGAACCUCGCCGGGAGCGUCAGGUACCACCGGGAUGGGGAAAGGAAGAUGGUGUUCCUGCACCUCGCGGCCCCGCCCCUGGAGGCGGGGGGCAGUAGCAGCGGCAACGACCUCCGGGAGCUGCUCUUCAUGUUCUCUGUUUGCCAUGUCAUAAUAUUUCUCCAAGAAGGCUUCCGGUUCGACACACAGACCUUGAAGAAUUUUAGACUGCUGCAAUCUUCAAAGCAUGCGUUUGCACCAUUUGUGAGGUCACUAGUAGCACCUGCAACACCAUCCAAAGCUGCUCCUUCUAACACCCCAACGCGGCCUGCCCGCAGGACUUCAUCCAUCUCUCCUCCGGCACGUCGUGGAGGUCAUUCGGGUCGUCAACCCUCAGCCAUCUCGUUGAUGUCAGGAACCCCUUCACAUCAUUUUGUGUUGCCAGGCCAAUGCAUCCCUGUUGUUCUCUUUGUCUUUGAGGAUGAUAUCAUUGAUGGCUCAAGUGCUGUAACGAGUUUGGAUGAUAUGGCGGACACAUCUUCAUCAAAUCAGGCUUCUAGCACUGAUGGCUUGGCAAAACCAAACCCGACUUCUAAAGGUUCUGGCUCAGUGGUUGUGCUUGCUCGUCCAGCAAACAAAUCUGAGGGUAAUUUCAGCAAGAAGCUGCAUUCUUCUCUUGAAGGUCAGAUCCGUUUCUUGCUGAAGAAAUGUCGGACGCUUACCAGUAUGGAGUCAGGGCAUAAUGGUCCAAGGGGGUUUGGUAAUGUGAGCCAUCUUCCGUUGUUCUCACUUGAUACAUCUAGAGUCGUUGCACUGUUGGAUCGGUCAGUUAACAAGAAACGAGAGCCACUGGAUAUCAUUGCGGGACUGUUUGAAGAUUCUUUCAGCUCCAAAUCAUCGUUGGAUGUUGCUUCAUUAGAGAAUAACUGCCAACCAACAAACCAUGAAGAUGUUCAGUUAAUCAAGGAUUUUAUAUUUCGGCAGUCUGAUGGGCUGAGAGGGAAAGGGGGGUAUACUGGCAAUGCAAGUGCUACCUCUGUUGCUGGUGUCGGUAUGGUGGCUGCGGCAGCAGCUGCAGCAGCAGCUUCCGCAGCAGCUGGGAAGCCAGUCAGUGUUCCUGAUCUCCCUAGUUUUGAUAAAUGGUUCUCCGUUAGUACAUCUAUUCUAUCUGGAUUGAUUAGUAGAGGAGAUGAGAUCAGUCGUUGUGAAAACAUGAGUGGAUCAUCUGCUCAUACAAGUUCUAACUUGAAGAACGAGCAACUUCCUUUUGCGGGAUUUAAUGCUAUUGAAACUGCUUUAUCUUGUUUGGAAAGCAACAAGGGACUUAACAUGAAAUUUUCCUCAUCAUGGUGCCAAAGGGUGCUUCCAGUUGCUAAGGAGGUGUACUUGAAAGAUUUGCCUACCUUUUACCCAACUAGUGUGCAUGAAGUGCAGCUACAGAAAGCUCUGCAGUCUUUUCACUCGACAGUUAAAGGACCGGCUGUCAGUGUAUUCUCCAAGAAGCUAGAAGAUGAAUGCAAGACAAUAUGGGAAUCUGGAAGGCAGCAAUGUGAUGCUGUCAGUCUUACUGGCAGGCCUUGCAAGCACCAGCGACACGGUAUGUCAUCUUCAUCAGACACAGUGGAGCAAGAGCAACAUUCUAGUGGAUACGUCUUCCUCCAUGCAUGUGCAUGUGGCCGGUCUCGUCGCCUUAGAGAUGAUCCUUUUGACUUCGAGGCAGCCAAUAUAUCAUUUAACUGCUUCUCCAAUUGUGAAGAUCUAUUACCUACCCUUGUGUUACCGAGGGGGCCUGAUACUGGUUCAUUUCCGGUAUCCUCCUGGCGUUUGGUGCGACUUGGAGGAGCAAGAUAUUACAAGCAAACAAAAGGGUUGCUCCAAGCUGGAUUUUGCUCCAAGGACAAAUAUCUUUUAAGGUGGACAAUAUCUCUUGGCAAAGGACAAGGGAAAAACAGCACUCAUGCUACCGCUAAAUCGUCCUCCAUGACAUCUAAUACAAACCCACAUACUCCACCUGUUGUUGUUUCCAGAGAAGUAAAAUCCACUACAUCCCAAGUCACACCAGAAAAUAAAUCUGUGAAGCUCGAAAAUUCCAGAAAACAACCUGAAGUGCAAUCAUCAAACAAUUCAGCUAUUAAUUUUGGUAAAGGUCUUCCAAAUUUUACUAUGAAGAAGCCUUUUGCUGAAGUUGUUGCCGGUAGCACAGCUAGAGAUACCGAGUUUCCUGCUCUCCAACUGAAGAAACCAGCAAAACCUGGUAGCCGAAAAGAUGACCGGCAAGUGAGUGUAGUGGAACAGACUAAUGGAAGAGGUAAUGCAGCUCUCAGUCAAGGACCUAUAGCUGAAAAUGAAUCCGAGAAGAUGAGCAGAAAUGUUAGUGAAAGUGCUGAUGGGAAGCCCUUCCUACAGAUUGGGAGCAACAUAGUGCCAGUGAUUGUUGGAAAUGACACUAAAGAGGCUACUCAAGCCGAACAGCAGUUUGUAGUGUAUGUCGGAUUUGAGCACGAGUGUUCAAAUGGUCAUCGUUUCUUGCUGUCAGAGAAAUAUCUCAAGGAGAUUGAUUCAUCUUGUUUGCAGCACGAAAGACCUCACCAAAACAAUGAAGCAGAAAGCAAACACAGUUCACAAAAGUUGCUGCCGAAUGCAUCUAAGGUAACAGUAGCAGCAAUAAAUGAAAAUAAUGGACGAAUAGCCAAUAGGACAAUGGAGUCAUCAGGUAGAAAUAGCAGGCAGCAAUUGCUUCAGCCCGGCGUUGAUGUGGAGAUCUUGCAGCCUGCUCAUAUUCUUUCAGAUCCACAUAAUAUAAAAAAGGGAGAGCAUUCUCUUCAAUACACUACAGCUGAUGAUGGUGGAGAGGCAUAUUCACUUUUGAACAGAAAUCUGCCGAUAUAUAUGCACUGCCCACAUUGCAAGAGCUCAGAUAGGAAGGGACAUCAAGACGUAAAGGUUGCUGGUGCUGUGUCACAACUUCAACGUAUUUUUAUCGUAACACCUGAUUUCCCUGUCCUGUUGGCUAGCUGCCCACUUGUACAGUUUGAGGGUUCAUGUUUACCAUCAAAUGUCUCAGAUCGUGACCAACAAGGAUUGUUCAGUCUUGGUUGUCGAGUUGUCCUUCCACCUGAGAGCUUUCUUACCAUGAGGCUUCCAUUUGUCUAUGGUGUCGAGACAAGAGAUGGAAGUACAUUUCCCCUCAAACACUUGGAGCAACAACCAGAUCUUACAGCAUGGCUUGUUGGAGGCACAGCAUUGCAAAUUGUGUCAGUUGGACACAUUACUGAGAAAGAAGCCGCUGUGUUGUGAUAAACCUGGAAUCCACAGCUUUUUUUGGUUCAGGUGUACUCUAUUCUCAUUCAGUGGUGUCCAAUAGCCAAUAGUAUCUCGCACUCAAGGCAUUGGAUUUUGUUGCUUGCCAGUGUAAUUGACAUAGCAUGGUUGCCUCCUGUCAGAGGUGUUUUGCUUAUACUCCUGGAUUUAUGCUGCCAAGCUGUUGGUAUAUCUAUGCGUGGGGGAACAAAGAUUCUCUCAAUGACUACAAGAAUGCUGCACAUGGAUACAUGGAGAGAGCCAGAGAUACAGGCAAUCAGACAUCGGCUGUUUUGUACAUUAAUUAAUAGUUAUCAGUGUGGGUCACGGAAGUUUCUUGGAGACAUGCAUGGUUAAGACAAAAUCCAGAGGAUGACUUUGGAAAAGUAACCUGAAUGAAAACCUUUUUCAUUUCUUCAGCCUUUCCUGGACACGUUAAAGCUCCAGGUUGUCAUCUCGUCUGCAGCCGCUGCUCCUUCUAGGCUGGCUGGAGAGGAGAGAUCUGCAGAAUGUUGGAACCGGAAGGAAACACAUGAACACACCUCCUGUGAUCCUGUCCUGCUUGACAAGUGUAAAGGCACAUCAGAAAAGUGAGAAGAUGGAUGAUGCCAUGCUUGCUUUCUUCCUUCAUCUCACCUGCAAGACAACCGUUUCCACGUGAUCUGAAGAAUCAUUCCAGCUGAACAGAAGGCAAGGCUGUGUACUGCUGGCUGUUAUAGGCCUGACACGUUGUUGCACGGUGAACUUAAACACUGCCCAAGUCGCUGAAGCAUCGGCUUUGAUUUGACAAACAGCUCUGUCUUGCAUCUUUUCUUGGCAGAUGACUGGCUGACUGACUGACUUGGGUUUCUUGAACAAUCUGCAAUCUCCUCCUACCUAAUCGAUGACAAACAGAAGUUUUUCGGCUCAGGCAGAUUGUAACGGCAGUUUUAUUUAUAUAUUUCUGCAGAGAACUAAUUUGCAAAAGCUGCUGGUAAACAGUAGUAGUACUACAUGUCUAUUACCUGUUCACUGUUUCUUCAGUUAGUUUAGGUCUGAUGGCUUGGGCGUGCACCCUUUUCUUGUCUCGAAUGUUUUAAGCAGCAGUUAGAGCCACUUUUUUUCUCAUGUGGGAUGUUCGAUAAUUCAUACUAACUACGGAGUAUUUUUGUUCCU